GCGUUGCAAAAGCAUGUGCCAGGUAAAAACUCUGGGGGAGGCCACUAGCUUAAAGCCUUAAGCAUGUGAAGAAACAUUAGGUAAAAACUCCCUUAUAACAACAUAGAUACCUCGGGUCAUUGGUAGUUGUGGGCCCUUCUGACAUCAGCGUGAAAGAGUUAGCGUUAUUAGCGCAGAAGUUCAGACUGCGUACCGGAACUCUACAAGCGCGACGUUAGCUACCUGCAUCCGAGGUUCGAAUUAACUUUCCGCUGUCAUCAUUAUCAUCAUCAUCAUAAAACUCCGGGUUCAUUCCUUCUACAUUCUCGUUUUUAACUGUAUAUCUACCUACCUAAGGUAUAUACCAUAGCCAACCAAGUCUUAAACAACUUAACACAAAGAAAGUAACAAUGGGUGCCCUCGAAAGAUUAACACAGAUCUCCGGCCAGAUCUCCAGCUCCAAGUCGGCGCGGGACAAGCUCCUCGAGAAGAACCCAGACGACGUCGUAGUAACAGCAUGUCUCCGAACGGCGCUCACGAGAGGCGGCAAGGGCGGGUUCAAGGACACGCAACCAUCCGACCUGAUGGUGGGAGCUCUGAAGGGUCUUCUGGAGCGCUCUAAGAUUAACCCGGCCCUGGUAGAGGACGUGUGCGUGGGUGAGGUGCUCGCGCCGGGCGGCGGCGCUACCGAGAUGCGCGCCGCAGUUCUUGUCGCCGGCCUUCCCGAGACUGCCGCCGUCCGAACCGUCAACCGCCAGUGCUCGUCGGGCUUACAGGCCUGCGUCGACGUCGCCAACCAGAUCCGCGCUGGCAUGAUCGAGGUCGGUAUCGGUGCCGGUGUCGAGAGCAUGAGCUUGCAGUACGGUCCCCAAGCCGUGACCGAGUUCUCCGAACUCCUCGAGUCGCACCCCGAGGCCGUCAACUGCAAGGUGCCCAUGGGCGUCCUCUCCGAGAACAUGGCGCAGGACCUCAAGAUCUCGCGCGAGGACCAGGACGUCUUCGCGGCCUCGUCCCACGAGAAGGCCUACAAGGCGCAGGAGGCGGGCCUCUUCGACGAGGAGAUCCACCCGCUGACCGUCAAGUUCACGGACCUCAAGAGCGGCGAGACCAAGGAGAUCACCGUCAAGAAGGACGACGGCAUCCGCCCCGGCAUCACCGUCGAGUCCCUGGCCAAGGUCCGCCCCGCGUUCGCGGAGAACGGGUCCAUCCACGCGGGCAACGCGUCGCAGAUCAGCGACGGCGCCGCCGCCGUCCUGCUCAUGCGCCGGUCGACGGCCGAGCGCCUGGGCCAGCCCGUCAUCGGCAAGUUCGUGUCCGCGAGCGUCGCCGGCGUCAAGCCUCUGCUCAUGGGCCAGGGCCCCUGGAAGGCCAUCCCCAAGGCCCUGUCCCUCGCCGGCGGCCUGACCAACGACGACGUCGACAUCUUCGAGAUCAACGAGGCUUUCGCCAGCCAGUGCCUCUGGUGCGCCAACGAGCUCAAGAUCCCCAUGGACAAGAUCAACCCCAAGGGCGGCGCCAUCGCCUUCGGCCACCCCCUCGGCUGCACCGGCGCCCGCCAGGUGAGCACCCUGCUGUACGAGCUGCGGCGCCGCGGCCAGAAGAUCGGCGUCACGAGUAUGUGCGUCGGUACGGGUAUGGGUAUGGCUGCCGUCUGGGUUGCCGAGUAGGGUCGUUAAAUAUUCUAAAUUAGUUUUUUAAGUCCGUGUUCUAAUGCCGUCGCACACCGCGGUGCACUUCGUAAAAAAAACAUGAUCUUCGCCCUUGGAAGGGGCCGUUGCAUGUAACGAGCCAUGUCUAACGUACAUGACAGAAAGAGUGAUCGAAGGAACGCAACAACAACCAUGUACAAUGUAUAUAUAUAGGGGG